AUGAUUGAAGUUCCCAAUUCAUCUGAAAAAUUCCCAUCAAUUUUACAUAUACUAGCAGCAGUUCUAAAUGCGAAGACUAUUGUUAAAGAAACAUUAAACACGCAAUCAAAAAAUUGUGAUCAAACAUCAUUUGUUGAUGCAGGUCUAAAAAGGAAACACAGCCAAAAUCAAGAACAGUUACCUAUUUGUAUGACAAGCCCCAGAAAUAUUUAUUAG